AUGGCGGCAGGUGCAGGCACCUUUGCAUGGGCCACCUUCCCUGCCAUGCCCACAAGCCGCGUGUACUGCAGUGCCGCGCACCGCGAUGGGCAGCUCUUCGUGCUGGGCGGCUGUGGGGUUGGUGGGAGAGCUCUGGGUACUGCCGAGGUGCUUGACCUCCUGGCACAGCGUUGGACCACGCUCCCACCGCUGCUCACACCACGGGCUGGCGCUGCUGCCCUCGCCCUGGGCAAGCAGAUCCUGGUCGUGGGUGGCGUGGAUGCGGUGCAGAGCCCCCUCGCUUCUGUUGAGGUAUACCACGUGGAUGAGGGCAAGUGGGAGAAGAAGGCGGCUCUGGCUCAGCCCUCCAUGGGCAUCUCGGCUGUACAGAGAGAUGGGGCUGUCUAUGCAUUGGGGGGAAUGGGUGCAGACACCUCUCCCCAGGCACUGGUUCGCGUCUAUGAGCCAGCAAAGGACCACUGGCAGCCCCUGCCCUCCAUGCCCACCCCCUGCUACGGGGCCUCCACCUUCUUGCAGGGCAACAAGAUCUUCGUUCUGGGGGGUCGGCAAGGCAAGCUGCCUGUCACUGCCUUUGAGGCCUUUGACUUGGAGACAAGGAGCUGGACACGCUACCCCAGUGUCCCCAGCCGCCGCGCCUUCGCUGCCUGUGCCAUGGCUGACGGUGUCAUCUUCAGCCUUGGAGGGCUACAGCAGCCAGGGCCCCACAACUUCUAUUCCCGUCCCCACUUCGUCAACACAGUGGAGAUGUUUGAUCCUACACAGGGUGCAUGGAGCAAGCCAAGCCGUGCUGUCCGCAUGAGGGAGAAGAGAGCUGACUUCGUGGCUGGCUGCUUGGGAGGAAGAGUGGUGGCUGUGGGUGGCCUCGGGAACCAGUCAUGCCCACUGGUCUCAGUGGAAGGGUUCAGCCUCUCACAGAAGAAGUGGGAGCCACUGCCUCCCAUGCCCACUGGCCGCUGCUCCUGCUCCAGCUGCCCAGCGCCCAGCCUGCUCUUCAUCAUUGGUGGGGUGGCCCAGGGUCCCAGUGGUGCUGUUGAGGCUCUAUGCCUGCGUGAAGCACCCUGA